GUAAAGUUCUGCAUUUUGUCAUUUCAUUGGAGUUGUUGCUGAGAACAAAGUAAAGGAAAGGAAAAGUAGCGAGCCACUAAAAGUUGGGAGAAUGAAGGACGAUUCCAAAGUACAUCUUCUUAAUGGGAGUAGUACCAACAAUAAUGAUAUCAUUGUAGAUGAUGUUCAUGUCUCAACACCGACACAACAUGCAGCGGCGACGAUGGCGCCUGCGUCAACCGUCACUCAUACUCUCCUUUUUUCUGCUUUCAUCGCUGUUUUGGGUUCUUUUUCCUUUGGAUUUGUUACAGGUUAUACAUCACCUGUGGAAGCUCAAAUCAUGAAGGAGCUUGAUCUUUCAAUAGCAGAGUUUUCUUUGUUUGGAUCAAUGAAUAGUAUUGGGGGGGCAUUAGGUGCUAUUAUAUGCGGCAAGAUAACAGAUUAUCUUGGUCGAAGACAUACGUUACAACUAUUUGAUAUACUUUAUCUUGCUGGCUGGUUUGCCACAUCAAUAAGCCAGGGUGCAUGGAUGCUUGACUUGGGUAGAUUUAUGUUAGGCGUUUCUAUGGCUGUUACAGGCUAUGCUAUACCGGUCUACCUAGCAGAAUUUACACCCAAAAAUCAUCGUGGAGCAUUCGUAAUCCUGCAUACGUUAGUGCUAACAGUUGGAGCAUCAACAGCAUUUCUGAUUGGACUAGUCACCUCCUGGCGUACUUUUGCUCUGAUGGGAAUUAUUCCAAGCCUUGUACAAUUUGUUGGUUUAUUCUUCAUUCCAGAAUCCCCUAGAUGGCUGUUGUUAAUGAAUAAAAAUAAGGAGUUUGAAGCAGCUCUACAACGUUUCAUGGGAGCUUCUGUUGAUAUUUGCCAGGAAGCCGCUGAUAUUAGGGACUGUGCGGAAGCUCUUCAUCAAAUGGAAGAAGUUAGCAUCCUGCAACUAUUUCAAAAGAAAUAUGCUUAUUCACUAAUGGUUGGAAUUGGUCUUUCAGCUCUUAGUAUGCUUGUUGGUCUAAGCGGGAUCAUAGCCUACGCUGGUUCUAUAUUCGAAUCUGCAGGAGUUUCUGUGAUGAUGGGAACUAUAGCAUUGGCCAUUUUUCAGCUUCCAAGUCUAGGCCUGGGUAUAAUUUUGAUGGAUAAAUGUGGGAGGCGUCCUCUUCUUAUGACUUCAGCAGCUGGUCUUUGCUUAGGUUGCUUGCUGGCUGGUUUUGCAUAUUUGCUUAAGGGAUGUCAUUUGCUUGCUGAUUUGAGUCCCUAUAUUGCACUUUCGGGCAUAUUGUUGUAUGUUGCUUCAUAUCCUAUUGGGGUGGGUGGAGCAACUUCAGUUGUUGUUUCAGAGAUAUACCCUCUUAAUAUAAAAGGGAUUGCAGGAAGUAUUGGUGCUCUGGUUGGCUGGUUAACAGCAUGGGUUGUUUCUUAUGCUUUUAAUUUUGCUAUGGAAUGGAGUCCUUCAGGAACAUUUUUUGUACUGGCUAGUAUUUGCGCGUUUACACUGAUAUUUGUGGCAAAGUUGGUACCGGAGACAAAGGGAAAGAAACUCGAAGAAGUGCACAUGUCGAUAAGCAAUGUUUGGCAAGGGCUUCAUUUACGGGUAGCUGAGAAACUGAACUAUCAAAACAACACCAAAUGGAGUAAACUCAUACAUAUAGCAAUUGAAGGUAUGGGACGGCUCAGCCAUAUCAUAGCCGCCCCACCUAGCACAACUGACCUUAAUUAUCAACAAUGGAAUCAUAAGGAUUCCAUGGUCCUUUUAUGGAUUAUCGCGAAUAUUGAACCGAAUCUUGUCAACCAAUUUCUCGAUUACAACACAGCAUGGGAUUUAUGGGUAGGAAUUGAAACCCUUCUUGGCAUGUAUUUUGGCAAAUUCAAUACUAUAUGGAAAGAAAUUGAUAGGCGAAUGCCGAACCCCAUAAAACACUUAGAAGACAUCACAAUCUUUAAUACUUACAUCAAACACAAAGAUUGUAUCAAUUUUCUUGCUGGAAUAAAUGACUCCUUUGACAAGGAGCGUCAGGAUCUGUUAAAUCAGACUCCUUUACCGACAUUGGAUGUGGCCUAUGCCGCUGUUCGCAGAGAGGUUGCUAGGCGUGGCAUUAUGGUCCACGUUUCAUCAUCGGAACACGGUCCCUCAAAAAUUGGCUCCGGUCUUGCCGCCCAUCACCGGUUACCCGAAGUGGUGGGAGGAACUACAAAAAAAGAAGGUUGCCACCAAGGCAUCGGUGAACCGGACCCGGGCGACAAAGCCCUCCUUGCUGCUGCAGGUCCUAUCGGUGGCGAAGAGGAUGGAGGUUUGUAUGGGAUGCAUCGUGACACAGGAACAAAAACAACCAAGAGGAGAGAGAAACCCACAGUAGCCAUGAGAAAGGAGAACACGGAAUCGGCAGUGGGGAAAGAGAAAGGGCAAAAUGAAAACCUUCCAAAAAUAGGAUGCUCAGAUCGGGAUAAUCAUUGGACAAUGGUACUGAUCGAGGAGGUUUAUACUAUAUGGAUGAGACGACUCACCAAAGUCGAGCUUUGCUUACUCGAGGUCUCUCUGAUUGUUACACCUGGAUCUAAAAGUUAUAAACAUUCCUAUUCCCCUAGUUUGUCUCGUUUUACUAGUCCUUUUUCAUUGAUACAUUUUGAUGUGUGGGGCCCUGCUCCGGAUUUUGCUAUUCAUCAUUUUUCGUAUUAUGUUUUAUUUGUAGAUGAUUGUACUCGUAUGAGUUGGCCUAGCUCUCAGGGGGAGAGUGUGAGUGAUGACUUAAGCUGGCUAUUACAUCCUACACCUCUAGUUGUGACCGGUAUGGGACUAAAAGAGCAAGUUGGUGGAGCUAUUGAUGUUGUUUCUAAAGACAUAGUAUCUCCUCUUCAGUUUGAUCCAGUCCCUUCUGAUGAGCAUUCAUGUUCUCAUGAGAUAUUUUUCGAGCUCGUGCAUACUAUUGAUAAUAACUCUGUUGAUUCUGCACCUGUUAGUGUGUCAAACAGACAGUUCGAGGCACAAAGGUCUAGAUAUCCAAUUAGUAGGCGCAAAGAGAUUCUCCGAGAUCCAAAAUGGAAGAAGGCAAUGGAAGAAGAAAUCUCAGCACUUGAUAAGAAUGAGACAUGGGAGAAAUGUGAAAUACCUAAAGGCAAAAAGACACUGGGGAGUAGAUGGGUAUACACAAUCAAAUACCGGGCCGAUGGUACUGUUGAAAGGUACAAAGCAAGGUUAGUGGCACAAGGGUACGCUCAAACAUAUGGAGUAGAUUACUCCGAAAGUUUCUCUCCAGUUGCAAAGAUUGACACUAUUCGGUUCGAUGUUAAAAAUGCUUUCGUACAUGGGAAGAUAGAAGAGGAAGUAUAUAUGAAAGCAUCUCCAGUUUUUUCAGAUGACGAUAUGAUCAUUACAGGUGAUGAUAAAGAAGAGAUUAAUGCUCUCAAAGAACAGUUGUCUCGUGAGUUUGAAAUGAAGGAUUUACGGCAACUUAAGUACUUUCUUGGUAUUGAAGUCCUGAGAUCAAAAGGGGGAAUCUUCAUCAGUCAAAGGAAGUAUAUUCUUGACUUGUUAGCAACAACAGGCAUGCUCGAUUGUAAGCUUGCAGAUACACUGAUUGUGGCUAAUCAUGGACUUCAAAUGAUUGAAGGAGAGAAGCUGGCAGAUAGAGGGCAAUAUCAAAGAAUGGUUGGAAACCUUAUCUACUUAUCUCUCACACAAUCAGAUCAUGCAUAUGCAGUUGGAGUAGUGAGUCGCUUUAUGCAUCAACCACAGAUACAACAUGUGUCAUCAGUUAUGAGGAUUUUGAGGUAUCUAAAGGGUACGAGUAGCAGAGUGGCUAAGACUUGUAAACUGUUUUGUGAUAAUAAAGCAACAACCAGUAUAUCUGAAAAUACAGUGCAACAGGAUCGCACUAAACAUGUUGAAAUCGAUAGAAAUUUCAUUAAGGAGAAGUUGGAGAAGAAGAUCAUUAGUCGUCCGUUUGUCAGAUCAAAUGAUCAACUUGCUGAUAUUCUCACUAAAGCAGUUUCUUCAGAUACAUUUGAGCAAACCUUAUGCAAAAAAAAUAGCAUAAUUAGAAAUAAAAAAAUCGAAAAAAUGAAGGAAGAGUACGGAAAGAGUGAGGAGCAACAUCUGUUGGUAAAGUUAGAGAACGGAAAGCAAUCAGCUGGUGAUGGUGAUGGUGAUGGUAAUGGUACUGUACUGCUGUUCUUCACUAUCUUCAUAUCUGUUUGUGGAUCUUUUGUCUGUGGCUGUGCGAUGGGUUACACUUCCCCAGCUCAAUCCGGUAUAAUUGCUGAUUUGAGUCUCUCAACUGCAGAUUACUCGUUAUUUGGAUCAAUGUUAACUGUGGGAGGACUGCUAGGCUCACUUAUUUGUGGAAAACUUACAGAUUACAUUGGUCGUCGAGGAACGAUGGGUUUAUCUGACAUACUCUACCUCACAGGGUGGUUUGCAAUAGCGUUUUCUAAGGGUGCCUGGUCUCUUGAUAUCGGUAGACUAGCUGUUGGUUGUGCUAUGGGGCUAACCGUUUAUGUGGUUCCCGUUUACAUAGCGGAAAUCACUCCAACGAAUCUUCGAGGGGGAUGUGUGCUUUUCCAUCAGUUGAUGUUAUGUGGCGGAAUAGCACUAGCUUACCUUUUUGGGCUUGUUGUAAACUGGCGCGUCUUAUCUUUAAUUGGUGCUGUUCCAUGUAUCAUCCAGUUUUUCGGGUUAUUUUUCAUUUCCGAAUCUCCUAGAUGGUUGCUAAAAGUUGGCCGUGACAAAGAUUAUGAAUCUGCCUUGCAAAGACUAAGGGGACGAGAAACUGAUAUAACUCUGGAAGCAGCCGAAAUUAAAGAGUAUACUAAAAAUGUUGAACAUAUCUCGGAAGAUAAAUUCUUGAACGUGUUUCAAAUGAAAUAUGCGUACGCCCUCACCAUUAGUCUCGGGCUCAUGGCACUAGCAGCAUUUGGCGGGACAAAUGGGAUUUUAUUCUAUGCCGUUACCAUAUUUGAAUCAGCUGGAGUUUCCGGUUCAUUGGGGACUAUAUUAAUGGCUCUUAUCCAGCUCCCCCCGGUUUUUCUGGGUGUAUUUUUGAUGGAUAAAUGUGGGAGACGGCCACUUUUGCUGUUUUCUGCAACCGGGAUGGGAACUGCUUGUCUAUCAGUAGCGUUGUCAUUCUUGAUGAAGGACAAUGGGUGGUUCACCGGUUUCAGCCCUUAUUUGGCACUCUUUGGCAUUCUGGUUUAUUCUGCAGCGUACCCUGUUGGAAUGGGAGGAAUACCGUUUGUUAUAAUGUCAGAGAUAUUUCCGAUCAACAUAAAAGGCGCAGCUGGAAGCUUAGCGACUAUUGUUAGCUGGUCGAGUGCUUGGAUUGUCUCCUACACAUUCAAUUUUAUGAUGGAUUGGAGCUCUUCAGGGACAUUCUUCAUAUUCACGAGCAUCAACAUGUUCACUUUGUUUUUUGUACUGAAGUUAGUCCCAGAGACAAAAGGUCGUACAUUAGAGGAAAUACAGGAAUCAAUUACCCAUAAUAAUAAUAAUAAUAAUAAUAAUAAUAAUAAUAAUAAUAAUCUUUAUUAAAACAUUUAUAUAACGUAUGAGAAAUUAUAAAUGUGCAUAUUUUAUUCUACAACACGCAUAGUGAAUUGUAGAAUUUUCAUUUUUGAUUGGAUCCGUUUUAGUGCGUAAUAAAGUGUGUCCAUAAUGUACAAAUAUUGUACAUCUUUCUUGAAAAUAUUUUGUAAUGAGAAUGUUAUAUACUUUUGUGGAUUGCAUUUCAAUUUAUUUUGUAUUUGAUUUCUAUUUAGUGUUUGAAUUAUUUAAUGUACUCUUUUAGCUAACAAUUGUUUUUAUAAUUUUUA